CACAUACGACCACAGGGUGUGGAAAACAGGGCUUCCCGUCCGCUCAGCCGUACUUAAGCCACACGCCGGCUGGUUAGUAGUAUGGUGGGUGACCACAUGCGAAUCCCAGCUGUUGUAUGUUUCUUUUAUUUUAUUUAUUCUAUCUACCCAUUUAUGGUUUGUGGUGUAAUCGGGGUUGAUUGCUGGGAGCUGGGAGGGGCCAUCAGUCCAACCGCCUGCACUAUAAGAAUAGAAGUACAGGGUAAAGAAAUUGGACGAGGCAAUCACCGGUCAAGCAUGCUCAGAGCGAAUCAGCCAUAAUCAGAGCGGCGCUCCUGGCACAGUGGCCGUCGAAAAAGAUGAGCUUGGAGCCCAUGCCUCUG